CCCAGUCGCUGAAAUCAUGUGACUCCGUAGACCAAAGAACGGGAAAUGGUUGUAAACAUUCGAGUCCUCGGGAGUGAGCGACAAGCGCAGUCUUGUGAAGUGUGUGCAUCGCUUCUCCUCGAACAAAGCGGUUGUAACGGACAAUUGAAAAAUGAAUUUCGCUUUCCUCACUGGAUGCGCCGUUCUAGCUUUGGUCACUGGGAAUCAAGAUCCCGUCGCCUCCGACCACGAAGAGCUGAUCCUCUCCCUCAACAAGAAGCUCCUGCGGUCCCUGGAGGACCAGGGCUCGCUCCCCAAUCCCAGUGUGCACCUGGCCCUGCGCCUGUCCACCCACCACAACCUGGUCAUGGAGGCUGCGCACCUGGUUCGGCUGAAGGCCGACCUGCAUAAAGACAUCGAGAGCUCCCUUACGAAGGGGCAGCCCGUGACGGGGCUCCUGGCGCUGUACGCCCUGGCCCUCAGGGCCUCCUGCUCCGAGCUCAGCUCCCUGACGCUCAACGGGGAGCCGCUCACCGUCCAGCUGAAGAAGCAGAUGGACCUGGAGAAGGAGCACAUCACCAACAGCCUCCGUCCGGUGACCAAUUACUACCAGUACUCCCUGGGGAUGCUGGCCCUGUGCGCGAACGGGGUGAGGGUCAGCAGCCACGUCCGCAACAAGCUGGUGCGUGCCAUCGAGCAGGACAAAAUGAAGCACAGCGGCUGUGAGAGUGUGGACACCCUGGCCAUGGCGGGCAUGGCCCUGCAGUGUCUGAAGGACUCGUUCCCGGAGGAGGACGGGACCCAGCUGGAGGGCGCCCUGCGCACCGUGAAGAAGAAGCUGGUGGACUCGCGCCGGCCCGACGGCCAUCUUGGGAACGAGUUCAGCACCGGGCUGGCCGUGCAGGCCCUGCUGGCCAUGGGAAGCCAGGUCUCCGACUGUUCGGCCUCCAUGGAGGCCAUGAGGGUGGACGUGCGGAAGGGAACCUACCACAACCCCAUGGGCAUCUCCCAAACCCUGCCCGCCCUGCAGCGGAAGACCUACCUGCACGUCAAGACGACGCAGUGCAGAGAGGAGGACGAUAGUCUGGUUCUGGGGACCAAGCCCCCGAUUCCGGAGGUCCCGGAUGAGACCGUGUCCCUCCAGGUGGAGGUGAUCCCAGCAGAUGCCAGCUCCACCACCAAAACACAGGAUGUUACAAAGGGCUCCUCACUCCACGACGCCUUGAAGCUCCUUCAGGAGAAACAGAGUGAUUUUACGUUUGAGACGGAGCCCAGCCUAUGGGGGCCCUUCCUGAGCGUGGUGAACGGGGAGCGAGCCCGCCAAUCAGACCGCAGUUACUGGAGCCUCUCUUCAGAUGGGACGUCCCUCAGCCAGGGCAUUCAAGAUUAUAAAAUUGAGAAGGCUCAAAAGAUCACCAUCAAAAAGACCAAGUACUAAGAUGUCCUUGCAGGGAAUCAUCAAAAGCCUUAUUACGACUGAAGAGAAAUUGCACUUUAGACAGAAAAUCUGUGUUAGAAAUCCAGCUCAUGAAUGUAAUGGGUAUCGCUUUUUGUAACACUGUGAUUGUUCUUGGGUCUCUUAAACUAUCAAAGAACUGAAGGACAUGAGUGACUAUCACAUGGACUAAAUCAAACAUUUUAAGCUUUAUUUUAUGUCAGAAUACAAAAGGUCUGUUUGAAGGGAAAAGAUUCACAAGGCUCCGUAGACGUUCUGUACAAUUACGCAAUUCCCAGAUGACUUGGAGGGUUAAUUGGGUUUGGUUUGUGUGCAGCCCUAGAGAACACUUCCAUCCUUGUCGUGGGAGUAACUGUCACACCUAGGGCUCGAAAUGUAAUAUUCUGCUGGGUUCUUCAGGAGAACCUGCUUUUACCACUAACAGAAUUAGAAGCACUUGGAGGACUACAACAUUCUCAACAUUCUUUUUCCCAUGACCCACCUGACCAGGGUGGGCAUCUGACCUCUGGGCUAUUGUUUGCAAUUCAUGCUUAAAAUCUGCCGCGAAAUCAUUUCAGCUUUUUAUAAUGUGAAUAAAGAAACAUACACUUGA